UUAUUAUCAAACCCACAUAACAAAUAUACUUAGAGAAAAAAGAAAAAGAAAAAAAAAUAGAGAAUGACACUAGGAGGAUAUAUCUCUGUUGAGUUUGAUAUUAAGUCUCCGGCGUAUAGAUUCUGUCAAGGUUACAUGAAGAUAGCGAAACCCACAAGAAACAAAGCUUUGGCUGAGGAGGUACCUACAGAGAAGAAAAAAAUUCAUUUAAGAAUGGAGGGCUUUCAGAUCUCGGAGUGGUUCAAGACUCUUGCAAUACCUUUCAGCCACAGUACUAUUGAUCAUGAAGAGGCCAAGUCGAGAAACCCGGAUACCUACAAGAAGCUCGAAGGAACCAUGAGAGUCAUUCACACGGAAGGUAAUGACGGUGGCCGAGCAAUCUGGACCGUAGAGUAUGAGAAGAUUAGCGAUGACAUCAAGGACCCACGUUUCAUCGUCGACAGUACUGCAAUAUACUUUCAGGCGAUGGAUGAGAAUAUCUUCUCACAACUUCAGAAUGAUCUGAAAUAGUUAAACAGAGUACAUACAGUUUAUUAUAAUUAUGAUGAUUGAUACUAGUUAUCGUUUAAUUAUGGUUGGCAUAUAUGAAGUAUUUGCUCUUGAAGCUCUCAACAUGCAUAAUUAUCAUAUCGAUCUGCAUAUUAUUGUUGUAUCGACGAUAAAUCUCUAAUAAAAGGGAUGAUUUAUUAUUGGGUAA